AUGGGUCAAAAAGUUUCCACGACAGCCUUUGCACGCGUAGGCACAGACGAGCCUCACCAUUCCCGUCGUAAAGCUAUCCUCGCGAAGCACCCUGAAAUCAAGGAAUUGUAUGGCCCAGAUGUUCGUCUUCUUCCAAUGAUCUUGGCCAUUGUUGCUGUGCAACUUGGAUUGGCCGUCUAUUCCACACAACUUGAAGGAUGGAAAUGGUUCUUCCUCUGUUGGAGUCUCGGGGGAACCUUGACACAUUGGUUAUCGCUUGGAAAUCACGAGCUAUCCCACAACUUGUGUUUCAAGAAAACAUUUUACAACGAACUUUUGGGUAUGGUAGCCAAUUGUGGACAAGGAUUGCCUUCUUGCAUUUCUUUCAAGAAGUACCACUUGGAACAUCACUACUCCCAAGGUGUUGAUAUUAUCGAUGUUGACAUUCCAUCGGACUGGGAAGGACGCUUCUUCAACACCAGACCAAAGAAGGUUUUCUGGGUCAUCUUGCAACCUCUGUUCUAUGCACUCCGCCCUCUUGUUGUCAACCCAAAGCCAUUGUCUGUCAUGGAGGCAAUCAAUGGAAUUGUUACUUUUGCAUUUAACGCUGCCUUUGCGUUCACCUUUGGAUUCAAGGCAGUGAUGUUCAAUAUUGCUGCAACCCUUCUUGGUAUGGGAAUCCACCCUGUUGCUGGCCACUUCAUCUCUGAGCACUACAUUUUCAAGGAGGGCCAAGAAACUUAUUCUUACUAUGGAUUGCUCAACUUGGUGACCUUCAACGUUGGUUAUCACAACGAACACCACGAUUUCCCCCGUAUCCCUGGCUUCAAGCUUCCCAUGGUUCGCAGGAUUGCCCCUGAAUUCUAUGAUCCCCUCCACAGUUAUGACUCCUGGUCUGGAGUCAUCUACGAUUACAUUUUCCGGAGUGAUUUGGGUCCCUACAGCAGAAUAAAGAGAGAAAACAAGAAGGCCGCUUAG